AUGUACCACCUCCCCCCGGUCCUCCGCCUGCCCCCCCUCCUCCGGGCGCUCCCCCUUGAGCUGGCGCUCCUCCGCCAGGCGCCGGCGCAGUGGGUGCAACGGGUGGCGCAACGGGCGGCGCAACGGAUGGCGCAACGGGUGGCGCAACAGGUGGCGCAGCGGGCGGCGCAACGGGUGGCGCAACGGGCGGUGCGACGGGUGGUGCAACGGCAAUGGGUGCGGGCGGUGCAACGGGUGGUGCAACAGCAAUGGGUGCGGGCGGUGCAACGGCAAUGGGUGCGGGUGGUGCAACGGGUACGUUCCCCAGAGAUACUUUCACCGCUUGUAGUUGCACCCACACCCGCCACCCCCAUACCCUCCCCCACUGCUGCACCUGCAGCAGGGGAUGGAGGAGAAGGGGGGGGGGGGGAGGGGGGGGGUGCUGUGCAUGGCGCGUGCAGAGGGCAGCAGGGCGCACGGGGCGCACAGGGCAGCAGGGCAGCAGGGCGCGUGGGGCGCACAGGGCUGCAGGGCGCAUCUCCUCCCCCCCAUUGCUGCAUCCACAGCAGGGGUGGAGGAGAAAAGGGGGGGGGGGCUGAUGCUGCAAAUCCCCUCCCCCCACUGCUGCUGCAGAUCCCCUCCCCCCCACUGCUGGACCCGCAGCAGGGGUGGAGGAGAAAGGGGGGGGGGGCUGGUGCUGCAGAUCCCCUCCUGCCUCCCUCUGAACCUCCAAGCUCCCCCCCCUUCCCAACACAGGAUCCCCUCCCCCCCACUGCUGCACCCGCAGCAGGGGUGGAGGAGAAAGGGGGGGGCGGGGGGGGCUGGUGCCGCAGAUCCCCUCCCCCCCCACUGCUGCACCCGAGGGGGGCGGGCGGUGCAGGAGCCGCUCGGGCGACAGCAGGUUGGCCACACCCGCCACCCCCAUACCCUCCCCCACUGCUGCACCCGCAGCAGAGAGAUGGAGGAGAAGGGGGGGGGGGGGGGGCAGGUGCUGCAGGUCCCCUCCCCCCACUGCCGUAUCCGCAGCAGGGGGAUGGCAGAUCCCCUCCCCCCACUGCUGCACCCGCAGCAGGGGGAAAUAGGAGAAGGAUGGGAGGGGGGGGGGGGUGGGUCGGUGCUGCAGAUCCCCUCCCCCCCUCUGCUGCUCCCGCAGCAGGGGGAGGUAGGAGAAGGGUGGGGGACCUGGUGCUGCAGAUCCCCUCCUGCCUCCCCCUGAACCUCCAAGCUUCCCCCCCUCUCCCCUCCAUCCCCAUGGAGGGGGGGGAGGGGGGGGAGGGGGGCGGGGGCGGAGCUGCGCGUGCGACUGGCACCGGGGCCGCGGUUAGGGGCGGCAGGUCGCGAGGGGCCAUGGCUAGGGGCGACUGGGCCAUGGCUAGGUACGGGGCCGGGCGCUGGGCAGGUACGGGGCCGGGUGCUGGGCUAGGUACGGGGCCGGGUGCUGGGCAGGUACGGGGCCGGGCGCUGGGCAGGUACGGGGCUGGGCGCUGGGCAGGUACGGGGCCGGGCGCUGGGCAGGGAAGGGGCCGGGCGCUGGGCAGGUACAGGGCCGGGCUCUGGGCAGAUACGGGGCCAGGCGCUGGCAGGUACAGGGCCAGGCGCUGGGCAGGUUCGGGGCCGGGCGCUGGGCAGGUACGGGGCCGGGCGCUGGCAGGUACAGGGCCGGGCGCUGGGCAGGUUUGGGGCCGCGCGCUGGGCAGGUACGGGGCUGGGCGCUGGGCGUGGAACGGGGCCGGGCGCGGGCUAGGUACUGGGCCGGGCGCGGGGCUAGGUACGGGGCCGGGGGUUGGGCAGGUACUGGGCCGGGCGCUGGGCAAGUACGGGGCCGGGCGCUGGGCAGGUACGGGGCCGGGCGCUGGGCAGGUACGGGGCCGGGCGCUGGGCAGGAACGGGGGCCGGGCGCUGGGCAGGUACGGGGCCGGGCGCUGGGCAGGUACGGGGCCGCGCGCUGGGCAGGUACGGGGCCGGGGCGCGGGCUAA